ACAUCUUUUUCUUUCAGUGUAGCGGUUCAGGCUGUCGCGCUUCAGAGGAAAGCGCUGGCUUUGUGCCCGGUCGGUCACACACAUCGGUCUGGGUCAUUAAACAACCUCGCGAAGUCGACUCUCCUCCCGCUUUGACCACCGAGGCAACGACGAAGACUUGGAUGAGGCUAUCGCACUUCACAGGGAAGCGCUAGCUUUGCGCCCGGUCGGUCACACAUCGAUCUUGGUCAUUAAACAACCUCGCGAAUGGACUAUCCACCCGCUUUAAACAUCAACACAAUAGAGAAGACCUCGACGAAUCACGAGAAAACCUACGCUGUGCAUUGACUCUGUUGACGCAAUAUGAUCCUCGUCAACUGGUGUUCCAUAAGUCGCUAGCUAAGGUCUAUCUAUCAUUUCAUCUAUCAGGACUUAUCUGCACGUGCGCGGGCGAAAAUACAGACAGUUUGGAUGCUGCCAUGCAUCAUCUCAAGACAGCGGCAAAUGUUGUCUCUGCAGGCUUGCGAUCUCGCCUGCGGGCAAGCCUACGUUGGGUGCACCAUGCUAGUGAACAUUUACAUGGUACUCAACUCGAGGCUUAUGCGACUUCUAUGCAACUCUUGCACGCCUACAUGUCUGUGACGGCCUCCGUAUCGUCUCGUCAUAAUACCAUGAAGGAAUUCCGAAGUACAAGUACACUUGCUGUGGAUGCUGUAUCAUGUGCCCUUCGCAGUGGCGAUGUGCAUCUUGCUGUUGAGUUGUUGGAGCAAGGCAGGACUAUCAUCUGGACUCAGACGACACGACUCCGCACACCUCUUGACACCCUACAGACUCGCGGGGAUCGCGCGAUGACUCUGAUGAAGAGAUUCAGAGAUCUCAGCUCCCUUUUUGAUAUUGCGAACUAUCUAGAUGACAUCUCAAAAGUCGAUGUGGAAGCCGAAGCGACCCGGUACAGACGUCUAGUAGGGGACUGGGACGAAACUGUAGAAGAGAUCCGGAAGAUCGAGGGCUUCUCUCGCUUUCUACUUCCCCCUUUGUUUUCCGAUCUUCAAGACGCAGCUCGUGAUGGGCCCAUCAUCGUGCUCAUCGCAAGCAGAUCCUCUUGCGAUGCCAUUAUUAUCCCACACCAGCAACCUCCCACUAGCAUUCAACUCCCUACCGAUUUCUGGAAACUCGCCAAUUUGGUAGUCGCACUCCAAAAGGCAGUUAACAAAGAGGCCGGUCCUAAAGGGAACCAAAGAGCGCUGAUAAAAGUUUUGAGAGAGUUGUGGUACGACGUGGUCGGCCCGGUGGUCGAAAGUCUGGGCGGAAUUGCACGACAAGGUUCCCGAAUAUGGUGGUGCCCGACGUCUCUCUUCAAUUUCCUGCCAUCGCAUGCUGCUGGCGAAUACAAGGAAAAGGGACAUUCCCUUUCGCAGCAGUACACCUCUUCGUAUACACCAUCACUCACCGCGCUGAUCGAGGCUCGCAGAAGUCACGAAAGGUCCCCGUCGGUGCUUUUCGUUGCCAUUGGUCAGAGUUGCCCAGCCGGUGCCUCCUUCACUUUGGAUGCUGUGGAGCCUGAACUGGAAUUAGUGCGGAGCCUUUUGCCACCUCCCCCAACCGUUUCGUUCUCCAAGAUAACCAGUGUUGAUGCCACGAAAUCGAGAGCGUUGUGCGCAUUGCGAGACAAUACUUGGCUCCAUCUCGCAUGUCACGGGACACAAAAACUUGACAAACCCUUUGAAUCGGCCUUUCUUAUGCGCGACCAGCCGCUUUCGCUCCUUGAUAUCACACAAACGGAUCUAUCUCGGCAUCAAUUUGCAUUUCUUUCUGCCUGUGAAACUGCAGUCGGUGACUUUAGUACGCCCGACGAAGUGAUACACCUAGCGGCUGGCCUACAGUUCGCCGGGGUUAAGAGCGUCGUUGGCACAUUAUGGAAGGUCAACGAUAGUACUGUGGAACGCUUAGUCAAGGCAUUCUACGAAAACUUGUGCGGGGAUGGCAAAAUGAAUUGCAAACGAGCUGCCCGGGCGCUGCACCGCGCGGUCCAGUCGUUGGCCUGUGACACGGACAUGCCCUUGGACCAGCGCAUAGUGUUCGUGCAUAUUGGCAUAUGAUGAAUUCCUCAUGACUACGUGCAAGCUGUUCCCAAGGACUUCGAUAU